CUGGGUCUAGGCCGCUCAGUCCUCAGUUGACUUUUAAAACAAGUCGAGUUUACAGGUGGUCCACUGGCUGCUGCAUAUCACACGAGGAAAAUAAAAUCAUCAAAUUAAUAUCAUCAUUGGAUUUAUCAGUGGCAUUAUUUCGAUUUUUUUUUUCUCACAAAAAAAUUUUUUAUAACAAGUGUUUUUUAUUUUUUAAAUUUUAUAUAUUUUGUUUUUUUAAUUUAUAUAUUUUUUUUUAAUUCAUUUAUAAUAAAUUGUUAAUUAUUUAAUGUGUUAUAAAAUUUAUAUAUUUAAAAGUUGUAUUGAUUUUUAAAUAUUUCAAAAAUAAAUUAAUAAAGUUUAUUUAUUAUUAAAGACUGUCGUUAAUUAAAAAUAUUUAUCAUCUGGAAGAAUAAUGCUGUUGGCUACCUCACAUUGUGGAUACUGAUUUUUAAAAACAAAAAAAAAACGAAAAAAAUAAUUGAAAUUUAAAAAAAAAAAAAAUUAAGAACCAGAAGACAACAAAAUGGCGCCGAGAAACAUGGCUGCUCUUGAUUGUAACCGUUAUUUACUGAGGGCAUGUAAACAACAAUCAACAAAUGGAAAAAUAGAUGCUUCAAAUAUAACAACUAAAAUUGAAUUUCUACGUUUUCUUGGAUUAACAACAAGUGAAAAUAUAAACUCAAAUUGUGAAAUUUGUCGUAAUAAUAUUUGUAAGUGCAGUGAUAGUGUUACAUCCGAUAUCGAAAUGGCAAAUGAAUAUAAUAAUUUUACAUUUAAAGAGUGUUGGGUUGUUGUGGCAAGUGAAAAAUGUACAAUUUGUAGAAAAAUAUUUAAAUGCCAAUCUGAUCUAGACAAUCAUACUCGUAAAAAACAUAAAAAAAUAUCAAAAAAAAGAACACGUAUUGUUCUAAAAAUUGGCCAUGAAGUUGUUACUGAAAAUUAUGUUAAAAAAAGAUAUUUACCAUUGUCAAAUAAUGAUUCAAAAAUUAUUUCAAGUGAAGAUAAAAAUAUAUCAAAUAAUUUUGAUAAUAUUUCAUGUGAAAAUUCAUUGUCAGAAAUCAUUGACACACCUACAUUAGAAGCCCCGUUAAAUUCUGACGAGUCAAGUGAAGACAAAAGAUGUGCUUCAGUUAUAAUUAAACCUACUGAAUUUAAUUACCAUAGAAAUUGUUCAGCAUCAUCUUCAGAUACUCGUGUGGAAUUAUUCAAUUGUCCGGAUUCAUGUUGUAGGGAAGAUGAAACUUCACAAAAACACAAAGACAAUAUAAAUUCUGAAGAUCAAAAUAAUAAUAACGAUAGCUGUUGUAAUAAUAAUAAUUAUUUAUCAGAAGUUGAUAAUGAUUUAUCAAUGAAUGAUGAUAAUUUUACAAAUAGUAAUUCUAGUUUUACAAAUAACAAUACUUUAUCGAUUGAUAAUAAUAAUACUUUAUCAAGCAAUAAUAACAAUUCAAUAAAUGACAAUUGCAGUUCAGAAACUGAAGAUAUCGAGUGUUGUUCAAGAUCAGUUUCUGUUCAGACACCAAGUUACUGGGAUUAUCAAACUUUUACACUUCUAGAAUACAGUAGAACUCUUGAAGCCAAUCGAAUGAAAGAUAAAUCGAUAAUCCCAGCAGAAAUAAAUCAAGAGGAAAAUAUUAUAACAAUUGAUGAUGAUAUUGAAGUAUCAAUACUUGAAGAUAAAUUUAAAAAAAUCAAUGAUCAAUCUGUAAAUAAUUUGACGAAAGAAAGAGAUGAUUUCUGUUCGAAAGAAAAUAAUGAUUUUUCGAUGGAAGAUAAUGAUCAUUACCAAACGAAAGACAGUGAUAAUUUCUCAAUGGAUGAAAGUGAUGAUGAUUCAGAAAUUCAAGAAAUUUCACCAACAACACAACCAUUGAAACAGUCACUUCGUAUAACUGAUGCAAUAAAAUCAUUGAUUGAUACUGAAAAUAGUAUGCAAGAUUAUGAAAAAUUAAAUAAUAAAAAAAAAUAUGAUGACAUUGAUAUUGAUGAUGAUAUAUCAUAUGUAAGAAUGCAAAUGCAAAAAGAAGAAAUUGAUUGUGAAUAUGAUUCAUUUGAUGUAUCAAAACUUGAUCAACAAAUUGAUGAUGAUGAUGUGUCAAUUGUUCCUCUGUUAGAUUGUGAAGAAAAAAAUUAUAAUAUUUGUGUUAAUGGUGAUUAUGAUUAUGUGGAUUAUGAGCUGGCAUCAUUGAAACAACUUGCAAAGACAAAAUCAAUUAAUGAUGAGUUUGAUAAUGAAUCACGAUCAUGGGAAAAACCAAAUAGAAAUAGAUUGUCGAUUCAAACAAGACCCAUACAAUUUUUUAAUCAUAAUAAUUCUUCGAUACUCAUCAAGGAAGAAGUUAGUAUUGAUCAUUUUACAUUUGAUCGUGAAUAAGACUCAUUGGCUAUUUUUUUUCUUAUACCAAAAAUACUUUGUGAUAUAUAUUUGGUAAAAAAAAAGAUAAAUGUAUAGACAGAUUGUUUUUUUUUUUUUUUUUUUUAUUAUUAUUAACAUAUCUAUUUAGAUUUUAGAUGUAUAGCGAAAUAAUAACUAAAUGUUUGACGUUAUUAUUAUAAUAGUUAAGGUAGUUUUACUGUAAAUAUUAUUGCAUUUAUUAUUUAAGAAAAAAAAAGAUGUGAAAACGGUGGUCCAAGUGAAGAUUUAUGGAUUUUAUCAUAUCAUAACUGAAAAAAAAGACAAGAAAUAUAUUAUUUAAGGUAAAUUAGAUGUUUUUUAUAAAGAAAAAAAAAUGUAUUUCACUAUUUUAGUGAUAUUAAGAUGUCAGAAUGUUUAUAUAAAAUAUUUUACAAA